CGUCCCGCUGUCCUCGGCUGCUGACCCUGAUGGGACAAGUAGUUUUGCGAACGGCUUAACCUACAGAUUGAAGAGGUUGGAAGCUCUGAGGCCCGGGGCUUCCGGAGGUCGCGGAGAUGGAAUUGGAGCAGAGAGAAGGGACCAUGGCAGCCGUGGGCUUUGAGGAGUUCUCAGCGCCGCCAGGCUCAGAGUUGGCGUUGCCUCCCCUAUUUGGUGGCCACAUCCUGGAGAGCGAGCUGGAGACGGAAGUGGAGUUUGUGUCAGGUGGUCUGGGCGGCUCAGGGCUCCGGGAGCGAGAUGAAGAGGAAGAGGCAGCCCGGGGUCGGCGGCGGCGCCAGCGGGAAUUAAAUCGCAGAAAGUACCAGGCACUAGGUCGGCGCUGCCGGGAGAUCGAGCAGGUGAACGAGCGGGUCCUGAACAGGCUCCAUCAGGUGCAGAGGAUAACUCGGAGGCUGCAGCAGGAACGGAGGUUCCUCAUGAGAGUGCUGGACUCCUACGGGGAUGACUACCGGGCCAGCCAGUUCACCAUUGUGCUGGAGGAUGAGGGCAGCCAGGGCACGGAUGCCCCCACCCCAGGCAAUGCUGAGAAUGAGCCUCCAGAGAAAGAGGCACUGUCCCCGCCCAGAAGGACUCCUGCACCCCCAGAACCUGGCAGCCCAGCCCCCGGCGAGGGGCCCAGUGGGCGGAAGAGGCGGCGAGUGCCACGGGAUGGACGCCGAGCAGGAAAUGCGCUGACUCCAGAGCUGGCCCCGGUGCAGAUUAAGGUUGAGGAAGACUUUGGCUUUGAAGCAGAUGAGGCCCUGGAUUCCAGUUGGGUUUCUCGGGGUCCAGACAAACUGCUGCCCUACCUGACCCUGGCCAGCCCAGCCUCUGACUGACCCAUGCCCAGUAAACUGACCCCACACUCA